AUGAAUAUAGAAAUUUCAAGAGCAGAACUAUUAUAAUGGGUUAAUGAUACAUUAAAACUCUCACUCUAAAAAAUUGAACAACUAGGAACUGGUGCAGUCUAUUGUCAAUUAGUUGAUGCUGUUCAUCCAGGAAAAGGUUUAUAUAUAUAUUUUAUCAAUAUUAUAGUUGCCAUAAAUAAGAUUAAUUGGAAAGCUAAACAAGAAUAUGAAUUUGUUAAUAAUUUUAAGGUUCUCUAAUAAGCAUUCUCUAAACUAGGAAUUCAAAAACCAAUAGAAAUAGAAAAGUUAACAAAAUGCAAAUAUUAAGAUAAUUUGGAGUUUCUUUAAUGGUUAAAGAAAUAUAUGGAUUAGCAUAUUGUACCUAAAGAUUAUGAUCCUUAAGUCAAAAGAGGAAAUGUUGAUUUAGAUGAUUAAACAACAAUUAUUCCAAAAAGAAACCCAGAAAGAUCAAGAACUAGUAUAAGAAGAGAUACAUUUAGCAGUCCCAAUCAAUUAUAACCUUUAACCAGCAUUCCAAAAACUAAUUCUUUUGCUCAUAUAGAACCAUACUAAAAAAAAUAACCUUCUAUGUAGGAUCUACUUAUAUAGAUAGAAAUUCUAAAAUAGGAAAAAGAUUAUUAUUUCUAAAAAUUUAAGGAUUUAGAUUUCUUUAUUGAAAGUGCUUCUUAAUUAACAUAGGAAUAAAUGUAUAAAGGUAUCAAGGAUAUAUUUUAUUACACUGCUGAUAAAUCAGUUAUUGUGUUACCAAAUGGUGAAAUCGAAGUUCAAGGAUUACCUCCUUCAUCUGAAGAGCAAUCUUCAUCAUAAGAAGUUAUUCAAUAAGAAAUAGAUUUGUGA